AUGGGCCCCUGUACCGCCUCCUCAUGCUGCUGCCAGGCCCGUAAUCUGCCAUGGGCCCCCGUACCGCCUCCUCAUGCUGCUGCCAGGCCCGUAAUCUGCCAUGGGCCCCUGUACCGCCUCCUAAUGCUGCUGCCAGGUCCAGAGUGUGUCAUGGGUCCCUGUACGGCCUCCCAUUGCUGCUGUCUCCAUCGCCACACUCUGCCAUGUGCCACUUUCAGGUCUCCUCACACUGCUGGUGGGUUCCAUUUUUGUCAUAGGGUGCUGUAUGGCCUCCCAUUGCUGCUGCCUCCACCGCCACACUGUGGCUCCACACUCUGGUUUUGGCCCCGUGACUGCCCAAAUGAGUGAAGUGUGCGGUGAUUCUAAGAUCGACGGCACUCAUCUGCAUGUCAUACUGACUGACAGUAUUAUUUCUCUUCCCCAGCAGACUCCAAGGGCAUUUAAAUUAAAGGUACAGUGUUCUGCACUAAUAUGA